CAACCAUCACAACCAUCACAACCAACCACCCACCAUGGCCGAAAACAUGUCAUCCGCCCACCCCUACUCGCCCGUGGGCGUCGAGAUCCCCGGCUACGUCGCCAACACCCUGACGACGCCCGCCAUCUUCGCCAUCUUCGCAUCCACGCUGUCGGCCGUGCUGCUGCCCGCCGCGUACCGCAUCAGGCGGGCGCGGCCGGACCUGCCCGCCGGCGAGAUGGCCACGGCCAUGUGGUUCGUGGCGUGCGCCGUCAUCCACUUUUUCCUCGAAGGCUACUACGCCCUCAACUUCCGCGACAUUGCCUCCCAGUCGGCCGUGCCGGCGCAGCUAUGGAAGGAGUACAGCCUCUCGGACUCGCGCUACCUGCUGCGGGACCCCUUCAUGGUGCCCAUGGAGGGCGUGACCGCCUUUGUCUGGGGCCCGCUCUCGGCCGUCCUGGCCCUGCUGGUCGUCACGGGACACCCGCUCCGCCACCCGCUCCAGCUGCUCGUCAGCGCCGGCCAGUUCUACGGCGACGUGCUCUACUACGGCAACUUCAUGAUGCACGAGCGGGUCUGGGGCCGCGACCACUGCCGCCCCGAGCCCUACUACUUUUGGUGCUACUACGUCUUCAUGAACGCCAUCUGGAUCGUCGUGCCCGGGUUCCUCGCCUUCUCGAGCAUCAGGGCCUCGGCCCGCGCUUUUGCCGUUGCUGAUAGGGCGGCGGCGGCGGCGGCGGCGGCGUCGUCGUCGUCGUCGGCGGCGGGUAAGGGCGGCAAGAAGGCCUCGAGCUGAUGUGGCGUUUGUGUUGUAAGUAAGGCUUGGAGGCAAAGAGUCGAUAUGCAAGGGGAGAGGGGAUAUUGCCGAGCAAGGAAGCCGUUUUGGAAAAAUCAGCAGGUCCAAUGGGCAAGCAACACAGCAUAGGCGUGCGAGUAGCCAUAAUAAUCACCAUGUCUUGGGGCUCGCCCGUCCAGGUGACCAGCGGGCGCAGCCGAAGAGGGCUAUGUCAAAGGGUACUGUAGACCCUUGUUAGAUGACUGGCAUGAAAGCUUGACCUACGCUUGAUUCUCUUUCUAGAAACGCUAGCCCCGAC